UAUUUCACCAGUUCUGCAAAUUUGUUAAUUCAGCAAACGUACUCUAUAGAAAGCCAGUGUUGCACAAUGUUGGAAUGUUGCUAGCAUCAGAGGCAACGCAGCAAUGUAACAGAAUAAAUGUUUUUAAGUAUAAAGAUCACAAGAUGAUACGAACUCACUAGCUAGUUAUGUGGCUAUGUCCACUUAACAGGAAACACUUAACUGCAGUUCAGCCAUCUCACCAAGGAUCAAAGAGAGUAUCUUCGUUUUCUUCACCGGUGUGUUGUGCGACAGAAACAUGUGUGGAGUUCAACUUUCCUAUGCGACGAAAUUCUACGUCAUCAAACAUCGCCGGGUUGUCACAUGUCAAGGACCGCACGUGAACGCUACCCUUGACUUUUGUUACUGGUGUCUAGUAGUGUCUACUAGUACACGGAUCGUAUUUUAAACGACUGGUUUAAUUGCCAGUUAGCUAGCGAUUUAGGUAACAUUAUUUCUUGUCUCGAAACAGCUUGGCUAUACCAUGGUUACUGACCAAGAGCUAAUUACCAAUCGAAGACGGACGCAGCACGGUUUUCUUUAAAGACGUAACCAAGCCAACCAAACUAACGGAUCGGAUUAGGAAACGAACGACUCUUAAAAAUGCAGUUUUUGAGGAUUGUGUAUAAUUCCGUGAGCAACUCCAGAAAAAGUCAUUCGCCCCGUUAUGUUAGAGACUCCGUGUGUUCUCUUUUUACUUUUCAGUUUGCUACCUUAAGCCACAUGUCAAGCUCUACAGAGCCAGUGGUUAUCAGGAUACCCCGAAGAAUCCAAGAACGCAUUGAAAAUGUUAAACAGAUGAAAGGCAAAGCGGGUGAAAAAGUCAAUACAGUCAAACCCGGGAAACUUCUAAUAAAGAGCAAGAACCCUCAGCUCAACCAGUCUGCUGGCUACACACUUGGCAAUUUUGAACAACCGACCCUUGCCUCAAAAGGAUGGAACCACAGUAAGUCAUUUGGGGAUUACUUCACGAUUAAUAAAAUACGAGAUGUUCCACCUUGUCUUAGAGAAGACCAACAGGAAGAGGGUGAGAAGACCACAGACAAAACGAUAACAUUUAAAUCUUUACACAUCUGUCCAGAUAUCGUGGAAAUCCUGAGCCGUGAUAAUAUAAUUUACCCGACGUCUGUGCAGUUGCAAACCAUCCCCAAACUUGUCCGUGGUUACAAUGUCCUUUGUGCAGCUGAGACCGGGAGUGGAAAAACACUAACUUACCUGCUUCCCAUUAUUAAUAAACUGAAGGGGGAAAUUGGGCAGGAGGACUCCAUAGUGGAUGCACCACACGCAAGCUGUGUGGUCCUGGUGCCAUCCAGGGAGUUAGCAGAGCAGGUGACAUCUGUAGCAAAGGCCUUGUGUAAUCCGUUUGGCAUGAAGGUGAGAGUGGUGGGGGGCGGUAAGGGUGUGGGUAAUAUAAAGCUUGCGUUUGCCAGCGGUCCACCAGACAUCUUAGUCGCCACUCCCGGCGCACUGGUCAAAGCUCUCCGCCGACGCUGGCUGAGUAUGACCGAGCUUAGCUUCUUUGUAAUCGACGAGGCCGACACCUUGUUUGACCCGAGCUUCGCAGACAUGGUGCAGGACAUUUUAUCCCACACCCAAAUAGCGUCCAGCCCUGCAGAGACGCAAGGCCCGAUCCGCAAAGCCCAGCUGGUGGUGGUGGGGGCGACGUUCCCGGGGGGUGUGGGCGACGUGCUGAGCCAGGUGACCGACGUGGGUAGCAUCGUCACUGUCAAGAGCCGGAUGCUCCACUUCCUGAUGCCCCACGUGAAGCAGACGUUUCUGAAAAUCAAGGGCGAGGACAAAGUUCUGGAGCUCCACCAUGCCUUAAAGGCUGCAGAGCAGGACCGGUCGCCGGUGCUGGUGUUCUGCAACAGCGCGUCGACGGUGAACUGGCUCGGGUACAUGCUGGACGACUACGGAGUCAGUCACGCGCGCAUUCAGGGCGAGCUGCCGGCGAAGGUGAGGGCUGGGAUCUUCCGUUCCUUCCAGAAGGGCCUGGUGGACGUCCUGAUCUGCACGGACAUCGCCUCUCGAGGCCUGGACACGCAGAGGGUGAAGCUGGUCAUCAACUACGACUUCCCCGAGUCCCACACGGACUACAUCCACCGGGCCGGUCGGGUGGGUCGGGCGGGCCCGUUGGGGGGCGCCGGUGAGGCGGCCGUCCUCAGUUUCGUCACUCACCCGUGGAACGUAGAGCUGGUGCAGACGAUCGAGACCGCGGCCAGGAGAAGGAGCGUCCUGCCCGGGAUGGAGUCGGCCAUCCGCCAGUCGGCCCCGAAAGCAGACACUGGCGGCAGCCCUUAAAGCUGAGCUGAUUUCUAUAUGAAUGAACUGUCCCCCUUGCCAGGUUUUGUAAUUCAAUAGCAUUGCCAAUUUGCCAUGCACAAGCGUACAGUAAAGAAAAAAAAAAGAAAAGCUUCCUUGGUGUUUUGUUGAUCGCUGUGAUGCCAAGUUAGAGGUCACUGAUUACUUUACUCUGAUCAGGGUUGUGGUCCAUCCAGAUUAAGUGCAGUCAAUUCAUUACACCAAUAAUGUCCAGAAACCAUCAGUUCAACUGACAACUCUUUCCAGACCUGACUGAAGGACCUGGCCCAGAUACAGCAAUGUUUUUCGACAAGUGAUGCGCAUGUUAUAACUGGACAAGGCGUAACUGAAUUAGAUGUUAAAAUGUCUUGUUUGUCUGUUGAUGUUACACCUGAUUAAACUGAAUCCAUUUUCAAAGGC